GCGAUUUAUGUGAAAAUUAGUCAUGUUAUUUUCCCCUUUACUGGUAGUCACCUCCACCACAUGGACCCAGGAAAUGAUACAGGAAUUUCAGAAUUUCUUCUUAUGGGAUUUUCAGAAGAACCAGAACUGCAGCCCCUCAUAGUUGGGCUUUUCCUCUCCAUGUACCUGAUCACUGUGUUUGGGAACCUGCUCAUCCUCCUGGCCGUCAGCUCUGACUCCCACCUCCACACCCCCAUGUACUUGUUCCUGGCCAACCUGUCCUUUGUAGACAUCUGCUUCACCUCCACCACCAUCCCAAAGAUGCUCUGGAACAUCCAGACCCAGAGCAAAGUCAUAACCUAUGCAGGCUGCAUCACACAGAUAUACUUUUUCAUAACCUUUGCGGGGAUGGAUGACUUUCUCCUGAGUGUGAUGGCCUAUGACAGGUUUGUGGCCAUCCGCCACCCCCUGCAAUACACGGUCAUCAUGAACCCCCGGCUCUGUGGGCUGCUGGUUCUGGUGUCCUGGAUCAUGAGUGUUCUGUAUUCCUUGUUACAAACCUUAAUGGCGUUUCGGCUGUCCUUCUGUACAGAGGUGGAAAUCCCCCACUUUUUCUGCGAACUCAAUCAGAUGAUCCAACUUGCCUGUCCUGACACCUUUCUCAAUAACAUGGUGUUGUAUUUUGGAGCUCUGUUGCUGGCUGGUGGUCCCUUCAUUGGAAUACUUUACUCUUACUCUAAAAUAGUUUCCUCCAUAUGUAUAAUCUCAUCAGCUCAAGGCAAAUACAAAGCAUUUUCCACCUGUGUGUCUCACCUCUCGGUUGUCUCCUUAUUUUAUUGUACAAGCCUAGGAGUGUACCUCAGCUCUGCUGUCACCCAGAGCUCCCACUCAAGUGCAAUAUCCUCAGUGAUGUAUGUGGCGGUCACACCCAUGCUGAACCCCUUCAUCUACAGCUUGAGGAACAGAGACAUAAAGGAGGCUCUGCUGAGAUUCUCUGGGAUGAUAGCUACAAGAGGGCCAAUUGUCCUGGGCUGA